UAAAAGACGGUCUAAGAGGAUGCAAUUUUGGAUAAGAGCAGCCCAGAUCCAGUCACUGAUGAGAUUUGAUGUGAAAUGUAUGUAAAGUGUGAAAAACAUGAAGAGUUUGUGUAAAUUAAAGUGCCCUCCAAUACCAGUAGUAAGAAAGUGCUGUUUUUGUAUUCCUACAUACGUUGGUAUAACUGUUUUUGGAUAUGCUGACCUGACACUAGCCCUGGUGGCGUUCCCCAUGCUGAUGUACGAGAUGGUAGACGAGCUGACGAGUGACAGGCCCCGGGGAGAUUUGCAGUACAGCAACCCUGCGGUACACCUUCCCGUGAUAGUGGCAGCAGCACUGGCAGAUAUUGUGUUAACCGUCGUUUUGCUUAUCGGGGCUCACAGGAAAAACAAACUGAUGCUGAAGAUAUACUUCUACUUCGCGACGGUGUCGCAGCUUAUCACGUUGCUAGCUGACCUGCCCUUCUUCGAUUAUACAGAGUACAAGAAGAACAUCAUUUAUAUCUUCUUUGUUGCCCUGAACAUCUACCUGCUAUUCCUGGUACACAAUGUGGUGUACGUGAGAGAGGACAGCCGAGAGAUCCAGUACACUGCCUACCAGCAACAUCGGGUCAGCGCGUAACUUUGGACCCAACACUUAAAACAUGAAGACGGGAGCAUUGUAAAUAGAAUAACAGUUUGUAAUAAAAUGUUAAGUUAUUGGUAC